GUGGUGACGUGUACCGGAAGCUAACAGACUGACUGUGAACUCGCUACAAAGACAGACGCUAGCAGUGUGUGAUUAUUUUCUAUCCGUUUAUUUAACCUACGUGUACUGGGGUUGAUAUAUUUAAUCUGGCUUCUGUAAAAUAUUCAAACAAAUGAGAAACAUCAGUGUUGUGUGAAUGUAGCCGAGCGUUAGCCCAGAUCAGCUGUCACACAGGACAUCCUGCUGCCGAGGAGCACAGGUGGGUUUCACCUGUUCUCAGCACAAAGCCAAGGAACAACUAUAAUGUAAACAUUAUUUCUUAACAUUCGAAUCUAUACUUUAAAGAGAUUGCUUGGUCUUGUAUGAGGUUGCUGUUUGAUCACUGAAGCAAUGGCCAGUCCUAAUGAUCUGCAAUUCCAAGGCUCUCUCUGGAUGUAAAAAGACUCCGGCUAAGGGGGGGUCGUCUCCUCUGAACAGUCAGGGGCGCAGUGAGACAUACACGAGAAAGUUUGACGAAGCAGCAGAGCUGUUGUCUGCAGACCCCGGGGCCUCCACCCUCAGUAUGUCUGCCUCAAACACCAGCACUACAGCAGCAGGAGGGGGAGGAGGGGAGGAUGUGAAGCUAGACCUCUCAGAGGAGGAGGGUGAGGAGGAGAGUUCAGAGCUGUUAGGAGGACAGAAACCAACGGGUGGCUUCUGGACCUUUGAGUACUAUCAGUCCUUCUUCAAUGUUGACACAGUGCAGGUCCUGGACAGAGUGAAGGGGUCACUGAUGCCAUUACCUGGAAGAAACUUUAUCAAACACAACCUUAGGAGCAACCCAGAUCUGUAUGGUCCGUUCUGGAUUUGUGUGACCCUCGUGUUCUCAGUAGCGAUCGGCGGAAACCUGUCCAGCUUCCUCAGUGAGAAGGGGAACCCUUCGUACCACUACAGACCUCAGUUCCACAGAGUGACGAUAGCUGCACUCGUGAUCUUCAUGUAUGCCUGGUUGGUGCCCGUUGGUUUAUGGGGUUUCCUGACCUGGCGGCAAGGGGCUGAGAGGCAGAUCGGAGGCUAUUCAUUCCUGGAGACUGUGUGUGUCUACGGCUACUCCCUCUUCAUUUACAUCCCGACCUCGGUUCUGUGGAUCAUUCCCUUUGAAUGGUUGCGCUGGACACUGAUCCUAAUUGCCAUGGUGAUCUCUGGCUCAGUUCUGGUCCUCACUUUCUGGCCGGUUGUGCGCGAGGACACCAAGGUGAUGGCAGUGGCUACAGUGGUGACCAUAGUGGUUUUGCAUACGCUGCUGGCUGUCGGCUGUAAGAUGUACUUCUUUCAGACCGAAGUCCAUGUUCCAUCAGCGGCGCCUAUUACCCCCACGAUUAACAUGACAAUUGCCACGAAAGCCCACUAACCAAAAGGGUGCUGGCAGCGAGGAAAUUAAGGAAGUGCCUGUUGUUUGGAAUCACAUGCAGCUAUAAAAUAUGUAGAAGCAGGAGGGUUAAGUGAUAUGUUCUAUAGUAGCGUGAUUAAGCGCUGGGACAGGAGUGUGGUUGUUUGUCUCAUUUAUCCUGAGUUGGGUCUACUGGGACACUGCAAUAUUUCUACAUUUUUACUGUGAUGUUUCAGGAUGUGGUGCAACGUAUUAGUCCACAUAACAUUGUGAUUUCCCCGAAGAUUCACACAAAGUUAUUAUUUAGAAGAAUUAGUUAGAAUUACUCAUCAGCAGAAGGGAAAAAUAUCCAAACCAGUUACAAUCAGAAAACCAUGCAGCCAGCAAUCAUUACUUCUUACGAGUUAUCAAAGAGACAACAAGGUAUCCAUCAGUACGUGUUAAUAUUAUUAUUGUUGGCAACAAUAGGAUCUCGUAAAAAAAAGCUAUGAUAAAGAACCCAGUUUUACAAAAAAUGUCACCAAAGCUGUUGAAACUAACAUUGGUGAGGACAGAGAACUGCCACCAUGAUUAUUUGAUCAUUUCAUGAAGCAGGGGAUUACACAUUUAUUUUUGUAGUGGUUUAGUUUACAAAGGAUUACAAAUAAUUUGAGAAAAGGCUCGUUCAACAUUUUCCAAGCCCAAAAUUAUGAUUUUGUAGUAGGAGGUCUGAAAUAUUAUUUGCUGGAUAAAUCCGAGAAUAUUGUGAAAACAAUACUAGGGGGUAUUAUCAUACUAGGAAAUACACAGGUUUUUCUGAUAACAUUAAUGAUAGCUUUGUUCUAUCGAUCCAGAAGCCUAAAGCUAAAGUAGCUAAAUGGAAUUCAGCUAUCAUUAAUUUCCCUAUUGAAACUUUAUACACAUAUCAUUCAAACUGUAACUAUAGGCUACCAAGUAAUUUUGAGUUUUAGAUACCAGGAGUUUCUGACAUUAUUGCCACCUCCCUCGUGUAUAAAAAAAAGUGUUAAAAAAAACAAAUGGCUGCAAGACAACCAACAAUGGCAUUUACAUCCAAUCAAUUCGACACAUUUUAACUGAGCAAAUUAGAUAAUCCGCCAAUCCGGGCUAGUUAAAUGAUGAGACUGCAAGGCUAGAAGCUAUGCCUGAACGCUACGUUUUUUUUGCGCUGCUGUAUACUUGGGUAAACCCAUGAAAGUAAACCCAGCCAAAAGCAAUUAUUUAAAAUAAUUUGUUUUUCUGACCAAAUACCUUUAAAACUACUUAGUGCAUUAGCUUCAGCUGUAUUUUGUGUUAAUUGCUAAUUAGCCAAUGUUAGCAUGCUAAUUAAGAUGAACAUAGCAACAUAGUAAGUUAGCCUUUUUCAUUUAUGGUAAGCUGCUGCUAACAUUAUUUGAGCUAACUCAGUUAGUCACAGAGCUACUAGCAUGGCUGCUGACUUUGACAUUAGCUCAGUUAGCCACAAACCUACUAGCAGGGCUGAAAACUAUUCUCUCUUAGUGAAUAAAUGACAUGUCCUGUUAAUAGUUUCUAUCUAAUAAAUAAUCAGAUGGUGCAGGGUUAAGAACGUUUCAAUUAUCUAAGAGUGAUGCACCCCUCUCCAACCUGUAAGGAACCUUCACUUACAAAAUGAGUUUUUGUGAUGUUAUUGCAGUUAGGAUUAAUUGUAAAUUGAGAAAUGUGUUUAUGUUUGCAGAACUAUUUAUUCCCUACUGUGAUGCUGUUUAGGGAUUUUUGUUGUUAAUAAACGUUGUGCUUUAUCCAGUA